UACUCGUUUCAUCAGACAGCUGGUAAUGUUCCCUAAACCUUAUCAUAACGAAAAUAUUCGUAUGCAGCCAGUGGACCCGUGUGCUGUGCCGGCCUGCAUGGCUCAGUGAUGUGGAAGAGGCUAACGAUGGAUGUCCCGAAAUGGUCCAACUAUAACACCGACUUCGAGGACAGCUUGCGACUUGCUGCGCCCAAGGUGUGUCGGGAAGUGAGUUUGAAAGUGCUGGUCCUUGGGGACAUGAUGGUGGGCAAGACCUCGCUGGUGCAGCGCUACGUGAAAAACGCCUUCAAACAUCACUACAAAGGAACGAUUGGAGUGGACUUCACCAUCAAAUCUAUUCAAUGGUCGGAGGAGCUGACUAUCAAGGUGCAGUUUUGGGACAUCGCCGGCACAGAGCGGUUUAACGCCUUGACCAGGGCCUACUAUAAGAAUGCCAACGGCUCGCUGGUGCUCUUUGAUCUUGGAGAUGAAAACAGCUUCAGCAGCGUGGUGAAGUGGAAGGAGGACCUCGACUCCAAGUGCCGACUGCCAGACGGCUCGUGUAUCCCCUGCCUGCUGCUGGCCAACAAGUGCGACCUGCCGACCUGGGCAGUGUGGAAGGACAAGAUCGAGGCCGCGACCUCUCGUAACGGUUUUGUGAGCUGGAGGGAGGUGUCUGCCAAGGACAACAUCGGUGUAGAUGAGGCGCUGAGGUAUCUUAUCGAGCAAAUGUUGCUGCAGAGCAGAGUUCAGCAUGAAGGCAGCCUCCGGUUGGAUGAGGUUCGCCUCGAGCUGCAGGACCUCGCUCUAGACAAGGACCAAGACAAGUCCCUCGAGAAGUUUCGAUGUUGCUGACGUCACAAGAUAACGAGACCCUGAUCGACAUUUUGGCUUUAUCGUCCUCCAUCUCCAAACUCCUUCCUUCCCCUUGUGUGUCCAUCUCGGCACACCACGUGUCCUUGCUUGAGGAAUCUCGGGACAAGUGAUUCCACCUUCGCGGAUCGUCGUCCCAGCACAACAACUGUCGCUUUCUGUUGUUUUGGUGGCCAGAGUCCACAGAGUCCAAGACCAAAGUCUUCGUCUGCAUCGAAAGGGACCUCAUCGCAGUUCCCGGAAGCGACUCCUGGCCACAAUUCUCCGAGAUGGUUUGACCACGUGACACGCAACAGGUGUCAUCCCUGAGUAUCCACACAAGCUGAAAGAAAGACAGUUAUCAACGAACAAUUUUCUCUCUGGUUUCUCGCAGAGACAUAAUCGCCGAUCAGAGACCAAGGGAUAGAUAUUGGUUGAUUCUGUAUGAAAAUGACUAGUCGCCAUAUUGAAACUCAAACGGUUUAAUUAACAGUUUUUGAGAUGCC